GCAAUAAAUUAUCAGCUAGCUUCUGUCGAACAUGCUGAGUCCGUUUCCAUCUGGGACGAGAUGAGAGAUCUUUGACUUUAAUGAGAAUCCAGAAGAAAAGAUGGCAUCUGUGCUUCAAAGUAUGGGGUCUACCGUUGGUUGGAGGAAUCACAAAAUAUUGGUUGACGUCGAGGAAAGUCCAGUGCCUGACAGGUUUAGAAAGCGGUCAUCUCGGAACCUGAAUGCGGUUCGGAUGUCCCUGCGGAAGCGAAUGCCCUUAAAGCAGGUUGAGAUGAAUUUCGAUGAGAACCCAACGUGGGAGAGCUUGCAAGCCAAGGAGAAGAGUCAAAACCUCCGAGCUCUCACGAGAACGGCCAGAAACGUCUUUGGGACAGUCUCUCAGAAAAUCCACAAGAGCUGCCAGGGCUCCACGCAGACUCUGGUGAGCGCUCUGGCUAAAGCUUCCAAGGCCAGCGACAGGGGGUCUACCAGUACCCGGCAUGGGUCUCCUCACACUCCUGUGUGCAAAAGCAACAGGCUUGCUGCUCUCUCCACCCCAACAUCCAGUACCAAGAUGGUGCCCAAAUCUGGCCAGAGGUCUUCCUUUCGACCUGGCUCUCGUCGGCUUAAAGAAGACCUCCUCCCUCUCCGGAGAUCCAGGAGGGCUGCAGCAUUGAGAAGUCCAUAUGGUUCUCCCGUUGGUGCUGGCCUCCAAAGGCAAUUUGACUGUGAUUUAGAGCUUAUCUCUACUGGCAUUCGCCAUCUGAAGCGCCUCUCUCACGCCUUCAACGAUAUCAUCGUCCAAGAGGAGAGAGAUCAAGCAGUCGCCAACUAUUGCUGCAUCAUGGCGCAAAAUGUGCAGGCUGCACGUUGGCGGUCUCAGAAUUGCAGCCGUUCAUCAUUCAGGAGGCGAGCGCUGAGAGUGCAGCGAGUGCUCAGUAGCCGGGCCAAAACCUGCUGGAAACGCUACUAAUCUGUGAAUGUAUGAAGGAUGGACUUGUAUGUGUUUUAGAAGCUCUUUUGUGUCCGCGUUUAACUGACUACUCUGCAUAAGCUCAUGUCGUGAAAAGCUAACUUUUUAAUUUGAUCUGAUACAUAUAUAAUACAUCGGUUGUUACACCACAGUUCUGUAUAAACACUUUUUCUAACACUAUAUUA